GGAAUGAAAACUGGUUAGCGUACAGCUUGGGGCUCCAGGCGGCGAUGAUGUGCUCGGCGAUCCGUUUUGUGCCAUUCUGUUAGUCCGAUUCUGGACUCAUGGCAUGCAUACACGGCAAUGCCAAUAACACCAUGUCUGUGGUUGGCUCAAGCAGACGGUCGUUGUUGAGGACCAUCGCGAAUAACGACAUCGGGGAAUAAAUUAUCAACGCCACGACUCUGAUGGUAUAUAAGUCCACCACCAUGGAAGACAACCCGGCUUUGGAGGCUUUCCGUUCACGUCCACUAUCUUGGUCUUUUGUUGAUCUGCGUUACUAGCAGCAAGACCUGCGAUAGCCAUCAUGACCGACAUUGAGACGGGCUUCAAAGGCUCCAUCAAAGCCCACGAUGUGGAAGACACGCAGUCUUCCAAGGUGUCGAUCGAGGUCGGACAGGAGCAUCUGGCUGGCGUUGUUCCUCCUCACGAGUCGUUUGAGGGCUUUCACCGAUUCGAUCCCACCGCCACCUGGACAGAGCAAGAGGAGAGGAGAGUGGUUUGGAAAACCGAUCUGUUUCUGCUCACGGCUCUCUGCACCAUGUUCUUUGGUCUCCAACUGGAUCGUGGCAACUUGUCAAAUGCGUUGACUGACAAUUUCCUGGUUGAUUUGAACAUGACGACCGAUGACUACAACAAUGGCUCUACUAUUCAAUUAGUUUGCUUCUUGUCUGCGGAAUUUCCGGUACAGCUUCUCAUCAAGAGAUAUGGCUUCAAGCGGGUACUUCCUGUCAUGAUGAUCUGCUGGAGUAUCGUGUCGUGGGCUCAGGCGUGGAUGACCAACCGGGCUGGCUUUUAUGUGACCAGAGCACUCAUCGGGGCUUUCGAGGGCGGCUUCAUUCCGGGUACUAUUCUGUUUGCGACCUAUUUCUACAAGACGAAAGAGCUCUCCGUGCGCCUGGGAUUUUUCUGGUCCACCCUCAACGUUGCUCGUAUCAUCUCAUCUCUGCUCGCUGCCGGUAUCCUCGAGAUGCGGGGUGUGCAGGGCAAGCCUGGCUGGUUCUGGCUGUUCCUGAUCGAUGGACUUAUUACCUUCGUCAUCGGCGUCGUCAGCCUUUUCUACCUUCCCAGCUCCCCAACGAACACCACCAGCCUGCUGUGCCCUAAGAACUGGUACACCGAACGCGAAGAAGUCAUCAUGAUCAACCGCCUGCUCCGCGACGACCCCUCCAAAGGCCUAACCCACAUCAACGAAUCCGCCACCCUGCACGACAUCCUCUCCGCGUGGAAGGACUCCUCAAUGUGGGGCCUAUAUCUGAUCGGACUCGUGGCCUACAUCCCCCAGAGCCCCGUCUCCUCGUACCUCUCGCUGACGCUCAAGCGACUGGGCUUCACCACAUUCCAGGCGAACAUGCUGUCGAUUCCCUAUGCCGCGAUCCAGAUCAUCUGCAUGCUGGCGCUGUGCAAGAGCAGCGACUACUUCGGCGACCGCACCUGGCACAGCCUGUUCGGGGAGUUCUGGUCCCUGCCGCUGCUGAUCGCCCUGCUGUGCCUGCCGUCCGGCGGCUACAACUGGGCGCGCUUCACCAUCAGCACCCUCAUCUCGGGGUACCCGUAUUUCCAUCCGAUCGUCUCCGCCUGGAUCUCCGAGAAUACCUUUGAUGUGAAGAAGCGCGCUAUUACCGCGGCGACGUAUAAUGUUAUCGUGCAAGUUGGGUCGGUUGUCUCGUCGCAAAUCUACCGCACCAGUGACUCCCCUUACUACUACACCGGCAAUAAAGUCCUUGUCGCCCUCUGCGUCUUCUCCAUGGCCGUCUUCAUCGCUCAGCGCGAGUACCUCCGCUAUCUGAACCGGCAGAAGGAGAAGAAGUGGGCCCUCAUGUCGCAGGAGGAGCGGUUGCUCUACCAGGCCGACAAGGAGGCGCGAGAAAAGGAGGGGAACAAGCGCUUGGAUUUCCGGUUCAAGUACUAGCCCGUGUGAUGCCAUGGUUGGUGAAUGGGAUGUCUAAUAUACUAAGUUAAUGAGCGUUCGUUCCUUGGGCUUGAUUUGUUAUUUGUACAGCUGUGAGCCUUGACUAUUUUUAUUUUUCACUUUUUACCUCUCUACUU